UAGAAGAUGAAGGGCCAAAAUAAAAUGUCCUUGCAACCCGCUACAAUAUCCCAGUUUUAGCACAUUGUAGGCGUUAGAAUUUGGAUCUGUCUCUCAUUUAUCGCUGUCUCUAGAAUCUUCUCUUGUACAAUUUUACACAGCGAGAUCCUGUCGCCGUAGCUGAUCGCCGGAAUCCAUGGACGACGAUUUCGAGUUCGCUGAUCACUCUCCACCGUCGUUCCAGCAGCGCAUGGGGAAUGUGGUCAAUGAUGUUGAGGCUAAAGGAUUCAAUCCUGGACUGAUCGUGUUGCUGGUUGUUGGGGGGCUAGUUCUAGCAUUCCUCAUUGGAAAUUAUGUUCUCUAUGUGUAUGCACAGAAGACCCUACCUCCCAAAAAGAAGAAGCCAAUCUCUAAGAAGAAGAUGAAGAGGGAAAGAUUGAAGCAAGGCGUCUCUGCACCAGGAGAGUAAAUUUGGGGGUCGGUUUCCUAUUCAAUUACAGUGUUGAACUCGUGUUCGAAAUUUUCCUUGUCUUUCGUGUCAAGAGAGUUUUUUUUUUAUUUUCUUUUUUAGAUUUUCCUACUUUUUAGAAAUUUUAACUCGGUCAGUCCUAUUAUUUGGGUGGAAUGUUUAUCUUUAAAAACGUAGAUUGUUCUGAGCAAUUUCUCCUUGGCGUUGCAUUACUCUUAUU